AUGGCUAAGGCUCGCUUUGGGACCGAGACCAUUUUCCAUCUCUCGAUGUCGCCGCUGCCGCCGCCGCCGUCAUCUUAUCUCUUCCUCGCGGCUGCGGCCGUGGCCUUGUUCUCCUUAAUCGCCUCCCUCUACCUCUACGUCGGCAGCAAGAAGGCCCAGCUUGACCAUAUCCCAGGACCGUGGCUGGCCAAGUACACGGACGCGUGGCGAGGCUACCAGGCAUGGCGGUUGAACCACUACAAGGAUCUCAGUAACUAUCAGAUCAACCUGAUCGGCCGUUACGGCGAUCUGGUCAGGAUCGGACCCAAUAUUGUCCUUUGCUUCGAUCCUGAGGCCAUCAGUACCAUCUAUGGCUUCAAGGAACGGCUUGAGAAGGUGAAUUGA